AUGAGCAUCAACCUUCUCAUCAUCGGUGUUCUACUUCAAGUGCUCGCCACUCAUCAGACGCUCCUUCCCAACAUGGAGGAGAAACUGGCGCUCGGAGAGGGGGGCAUUAUUUGCCCGCCUGAUAUCAAGACGUACACACGUCUGAAUGGUGUGAAAUGGUGUGGCCGAAUCUACCCAUUACAAAUGACCUACGAUGGUGCCAAAAACAUAUGCGAAUGGUUUGGAGGCACGCUGACGGGAUUCGAUAACGCCGCUCAACGAAAGAUCGCAGCUGAUAACGCCAAGAAAACGCUUACGCAAAUGGGACUGACUUCCGGCGCUUUUUGGAUCGGAGCAUACCGAAAGAAGGAGUGCCAAGUGUCGAAUUGGAAGAAAGUCAAAGCCUGCUUGCCGGCUGAGAAGAACUCAUUUGAAUGGAUCGACGGAAACACCACGUCGACCGACGGAUUCAACUUCCGCAAAGGACAGCCCGAUUAUAACAUGGGCAAUCAGAACGCCGUUUAUAUGGUUGUUGGUGAAGACGUUGUUGAUCGAUACGGAGUAUGGAAAAACGAGGAAAUGGAUGAUGUGCGUGCGGAUCUGAUCAAAAAUCCGAGAUCGCCUGGAAGAAACAUCGUAGGAUUCAUCUGCGGAUUUCCCGCACUCUAA